UCUCGAGAUAAUCAGCUUCAUGACCAGUACAACGCAUGCUCAAGCCCUCGCGUUUGCUUCGGAUCACCACAGAGCGGCCCUGGUCUUGGGCUCCCUUCAAGAAACAGCGAGAAGUAGCUAGCUUUCCUCCUUUGCGAGUGCUCUUUUGUGGCUCAGAUGGCUUCUCUGCUCCAAGCUUUACCAUGCUCCGUGAACUUCACUUGCGACGAUCAGAUAUCGUCUCUUCUCUGGGCAUCAUGACCCCUGCUCCAAAGCCUUCUGGCAGAAAUCAUAAAGUACUCAAGCCAACACACAUGGCUUUGCUGGCGGAGAAGAUGGGCUACAAGCCGGCUUAUGCACAUAGUUUUGUGCUCAAGCCAGAAGAAUUGCCACCAGGCGGAUGGGAUCUUAUCAUUGCUGUAUCAUUCGGACACAAGAUCCCUGCGUCGGUCUUGAGUCUAUGCUCAGCUGGCGGUCUCAAUGUACAUCCAUCGCUCUUGCCUCGGCAUCGUGGGCCAGCUCCUUUACAUCACACACUGCUGCAACGAGAUGCAGAGACGGGUGUUUCAGUACAAACUAUACAUCCGACAGAGUUCGAUAAGGGUGAUGUACUCCUUCGAUCUUCAAAAAUCCCUGUAGCUCACUUGAGUCUGCAAGCUCUCUCUUCCUCCUUGGCGAAGACAGGGGCUGAUUUGCUUCGAGAACUGCUCAUUGCUGGCUAUCCUGCUAAUGCUCCUACACCGCUUGAACCAGAAACAUCAGAGUCGUAUGCUCCCAAGAUAACCAAGGAAGAGACGAGAGUGAUUUGGUCUACUUGGUGUACAGACGAUAUCGCACUCUGGUCGCGCGUGAUGGGAUCCCUAUGGACAACAAUGUCAGGUCAAGUCGUCAAACUUGGCGUGCUAGAAAGUGUGACGCUACCAGUGAGUAUUCAAGCUCCGGCAGGAACGAUACGUUAUGUCAGGAAAAGUGUCAGCUUCGAUGAGACGCAAUCGUACACUGAGCCAAUUUUGGCUGUCAAGUGUUGUGAUGGUUGGGUCAGCAUAGGCAAACUGACGCAUGCUGGAAAGAAGGAAAGAUGGGGUUAUGAGGCAGCUGAUAUGGACGGCAAGGUAUUCGACUGACCAGGGACCACCUGCAGGCUGCAUGUGAUUAAGAGGCUCUCGAA